AUGUACGCACCGCCUCAUUUUCCGAAUCAUUUACAUCGACCACCUACAGCACCCCCUACUCCAGAAGGUGAAUUGAACGCUUGGUCAAGUGGUUUACCUCCAACAGGCAAUUCAUCCAAUGGUGGAUUUUUAAAUAACUUGAAUCUAAAUAGUCAAAAUCAACAACAACAGCAAGGUUUAGUACCACCUUAUCAUAACAUGUUUGAUAGAAGGAACAAUUAUCCUUAUUCAAAUACAUCUGGUACAGGCCAAGGUCAAGGUCAAGCUGGUAAUGGUAUGUUACAACAACAACCUCUUUCAUCAAAUUCAACAAAUUCACAAAAUCAAAUUUCAAAUAUCGGUUUAUCACUUCCCAACCAAAAUCAGAAUGACACUAGAAGUGGUGGUGGUGGACACACACCUAAUCUAUCGAUUACGAUGGGAACAUCAAUAACUACACCGAUACAAUUACCUUCUUCAACCACUUCAGGUCCUUUAUUACCUCAAAAUCUAGCACAACAUUUGAACAAUCCACCCGCACCAAUAACAUCAUCAUCAAAUCAAAGUCUGACUCAACAACAACAACAGCAACAAAAUCAGCAGAAUAUCAAUCAACAAAAUCAACAAGGAAGUGGAAAUGGUGGAACAGGUGGGAAAGUCUUAUUAAUGCCAAAUGGUGCUCCACCACCAACGGGAAGUGAUGAAGAAAAGAUCUAUAUACUUAUUACUGAAUUAUUGGAACCGGAAACUAGAGAAGGCGCUUUACUUGAAUUGAGUAAAAAGAGAGAAUUAUAUGAGGAUCUGGCUUUGGUUCUUUGGGGCGGAUACGGUAUCAUGUCAUCACUCCUCCUCGAGAUAGUCGCCGUCUACCCUGCGCUCUCACCACCAUCACUCACAGCUCACGCCUCAAACAGGGUGUGCAAUGCUUUGGCUUUAUUGCAAUGUGUAGCCAGUCAUUCAGACACACGAGCUUUGUUUUUGAACGCCCAUAUACCACUGUUCCUUUACCCAUUCCUCAAUACAACGAGUAAAACCAGACCAUUCGAGUAUUUGAGACUCACUUCGUUGGGAGUGAUUGGGGCCUUGGUAAAGCAAAACGACAAUUCCGACGUCAUCAACUUCCUUCUAUCAACCGAAAUAAUCCCUCUGUGCCUUCGAAUAAUGGAAACAGGUUCCGAAUUAUCAAAGACAGUAGCAAUUUUCAUCGUACAGAAGAUCCUGGCAGAUGAUUUGGGUCUACAAUAUAUCUGUCAGACAUACGAAAGGUUCUACGCUGUAGGAGCAGUAUUAGCGAAUAUGGUGGAUGCUUUAGUGGAAAGUCAAGCUGUCAGACUAUUGAAACAUGUUGUCAGAUGUUAUCUAAGAAUGAGCGAUAAUCCGAGAGCAAGAGAAGCUUUGAGAGCAUGUCUACCCAAAGCCUUACAAGAUAACACGUUCACCCCACUGCUCAAAGGCGAUAUGGUGACUAAACGAUGUUUGACGACACUCUUAGUGAAUCUCAAUGAACGUUCCGAGUGA